GCAAGUAACUCACACGGCCUCGCAGAGGUAAACAUGUCGGUCACAUUUUUCGAGGAGAAGUGUUUUGAUUGAUUUUGCGGAAUCGGGCCUUGUCUCGAAGAACUUGAAAUCAACAGGCACAGAUGGAAGAUGGCCGAGCCUGAUGAUUAUGAUGAUGUGCCUGACCAACUAGACCCUGAGUGUGCUGAUGUUCUUCAUCAGAUUCUGCAGGCCAAGGAUGGAGAGCCAAACAAGUUCCAGAGUUUCUGGGAGAAUGAUGAAGAUGAUGUGAACGAGUUCACACAGGAGGAGAUUGAAAAUGACCCUGAGAAGAGAAUACUGUGGGCUGCUGAGAACAACAAACUUGCAAUCGUUGAAGAGACGUUGCAAUCUUGUCCUCGACUUGUCCACUCCCAUGAUACCGACGGCUACACACCCCUGCAUCGAGCAUCAUAUAAUGGACAUCUCGACGUCGCCAAGUGCUUGUAUUCCCAUGGAGCAGACAUCUUAGCAAAGACAGUGGAUGGAUGGCAGCCAUUACACAGUGCGUGCCGAUGGAACUCCACAAGUGUGGCUAGUUUCCUGCUGGACAACGGUGCUGAUAUUAAUGCUCAAACAAACGGAGGAUUAACUCCCUUACACUUAGCCUCAUCGGAGCAAGACAGUCGUGAAACUCUGGAACUGUUGCUUAUGAACCCUUUCAUCGACCCUACCAUUAAGACUAAAGUCGGGGAGACCGCCAAGCAGAUUUGUCAGCGAACCAGUAGCCAUCACUGGUUGUUUGAGAUUGUAGAAGACAGCGUGAAUAAGAUUUGAUUUUAUAUACAUGCUGGAUUUGUAUGCUCUGAAUAAAACCAUGAAGGGAUUUAUGUAAGAUUCCCAACUUAGUGCCCUUGGGGGACAAAUUCAGGAAAAAUAUUAUUUUGGUCGAAAUUGAGAUUUUUAUAUUUGUAUUUUAACAUUGAAUUUUAACAUUGCUUCAAUGCAAUGAUGUGAAACUAAAUAUUAAAGACUCUUCUUCUA